AGGUGCAGCGCCAGCUAACGCUCCACAGCACUUUCUAUGUGCUGUCACAGUGCAGACAGCAGUUGUAAACAUGGCGACGGACGGGAUGGUGCUCACCAACCACGACCAUCAGAUCCGAGUGGGAAUUCUGACAGUGAGUGACAGUUGUUUCAAGAACUUGGCUGAGGACAGGAGUGGGGUCAACUUAAAGGACCUGGUCCAUGAUCCGUCGCUUUUAGGUGGGGUUAUUGCAGCCUAUAAAAUCGUUCCAGAUGAGAUUGAUGAAAUCAAGGAAACUCUUUUGGAAUGGUGUGAUGACCAAGAGCUUAAUCUCAUUCUCACGACUGGAGGGACUGGAUUUGCUCCACGGGAUGUUACGCCAGAGGCCACCAGGGAAGUGAUUGAGAGAGAGGCUCCAGGCAUGGCAUUGGCAAUGCUGAUGGGUUCCCUUAACGUUACACCACUGGGGAUGCUGUCCAGGCCAGUGUGCGGGAUUCGAGGUAAAACUCUGAUCAUCAACCUGCCAGGGAGCAAGAAGGGCUCUCAGGAGUGUUUUCAAUUCAUCCUUCCUGCACUACCCCAUGCGGUCGACUUGCUGCGCGAAGCCACAGUCAGGGUUAAAUCUGUACAUGCUGCACUUGAACAGAUGCCUUCUUCUUCUCUACUGGCCAACGCACACACCAACACACAUGCCCACUCUCACACCAUGGAGCGUGGCACACAAUGUGAAGAGGAGGACGAUGAGGAGGAAGACAGGAGGAGAGGUCGACAUGCACACUCUCAACAUCACCAGCACAGCUCCUCCCACAUCACCGCGGCUGCUAUAGCUGCAAAGACAAACCAAGCUGUUGUCAUGGCUAAGGGGGGUCCAUAUGUGACUGGUAACAGUGCAGCCCCUUCCACUCAUUUCACCUGCUCCUGUUCCCAUGACAAGCAGAUUCCAGACUCUAUCAUUUCUCGAGGUGUUCAGGUGCUUCCUCGAGAUUCUGCCUCUUUGAGCUCCACUCCUUCUGAAUCACCACGGGCAACACAGGCGACCUCACGCCUUUCCACUGCAUCGUGCCCAACCCCUAAGGUCCAGUCCCGAUGUGGCAGUAAUGAGAACAUCCUGAGGGCCAGCCACAGUGCAGUAGACAUCAGCAAAGUGGCACGACGUCAUCGGAUGUCCCCAUUUCCACUGACAUCAAUGGACAAAGCCUUCAUCACUGUAUUAGAGAUGACUCCUAUUCUGGGAAUUGAAGUCAUUAACUACAGAGAUGGAUUGGGUCGAGUGCUCGCUCAGGACAUCUAUGCCAAAGACAACCUUCCUCCAUUUCCUGCUUCAGUUAAAGAUGGCUAUGCUGUAAGAGCUGCUGAUGGCCCAGGAGAUCGCUUCAUCAUGGGAGAAUCACAGGCUGGACAACAGCCCACCCACACAGUGAUGCCAGGCCAAGUGAUGAGGGUGACAACCGGUGCUCCCAUUCCUUGUGGUGCUGACGCAGUCGUCCAAGUGGAAGAUACAGAGCUUUUGAGGGAGUCUGAUGAUGGUACUGAAGAGUUAGAAGUGAGGAUUAUGGUGCAGGUGCGGCCUGGACAGGACAUAAGGCCAAUAGGUCAUGACAUCAGGCGAGGAGAGUGUGUUUUAGCCAAAGGAACACAUAUGGGCCCAUCAGAAAUUGGUCUGUUGGCUACUGUGGGUGUGAUUGAUGUCAGUGUGCACAAGUUCCCAGUGGUGGCUGUCAUGUCAACUGGAAAUGAGCUGUUAAAUCCAGAGGAUGACCUCCACCCGGGGAAGAUCAGAGACUCCAACCGCUCGACUCUGCUAGCGACCAUCCAGGAACAUGGAUACCCCACCAUCAACCUGGGCAUUGUUGGAGACAACCCUGAUGACCUGCUCUCAGCUCUCCACGAGGGAAUCAGUCGUGCUGACGUCAUCAUCACCUCAGGGGGUGUGUCAAUGGGAGAGAAGGACUUCCUUAAGCAGGUCCUGGACAUUGACCUUCAUGCUCAGAUUCACUUUGGACGUGUGUUCAUGAAGCCAGGUCUUCCUACGACAUUUGCCACUGUUGACAUUGAUGGAGCACGAAAACUCAUCUUUGCUCUGCCAGGUAACCCAGUGUCUGCAGUAGUCACAUGUAAUCUCUUUGUGAUUCCUGCACUGAGGAAGAUGCAAGGCAUUCUGGACCCUAGACCCACAAUUAUUAAAGCGAGGGACACCAAGAUUUCAACAGCAUCACUGAGGCAUUUUUAAAAAAAAAUAAAUUCCCCUUCAUUGUAUGGAUUUUUGGCACUUUCAAUGUUGACACGAUACAAGUGUUUGUCUCUGAUUGCUUCAUUAUUUAUUUUAAAGACUGGAUCUGGUUUUCUGUGUGAUUUUUUUAAAGUGACUAAUUUGUGACUGCGAAGCUUAGUCCCUUUUGGAUAUUCCAGGUUGACGUUAGGGUGGAAUGAGCUGAAAUUAAGGUUUCGAGCAGUGAAAUGCACGAUAGACGUCUGACACAGAGUGGCUGCCCAUUGCGCUUAAGAAAAAAAAAAAAAGUUUUUCUGCUCUGGUAAAAAAAAAAAGCCCUGUAUUCAUCCACAUAUUUUCCUUUAACUGUGCCUUUCCCCAGCCAUUUUAAGAGUGAAAGUGACAAAUUAUUUUCUCCAAAGAUCAUGAGCAGACUGGGAAACUGAGGUAUUUUCAUUCAAUGCGCAUGCCAGUUUUGCGAAAAUACCGUUAACCUUUCUUGCUGCAGAAGGGUUGUCAAACUCAUUUAGUCACAGGCCACAUUAGGGAUCGCAAACGGUUACAAUUAAUCGGUUAUAACCGGUUUUUGAUUUUUUAAAACCGAAUCCGUAAUCGGACUUUCGAAAUCGGUUAAAAUUUCCACUAAUUUCUUCCGGUUCCGGUAUUCCACAUUGCGUUAUUUUUUUCAAUAUAAUUUCCACUUUUUUCAAGUUUCGCUGUUAGAGUAAAGUUGGACUCAAAAGAACAUUCAGUUAAAUCAAAGAAACAUCAAACAUGGCACCGUGGAAAUGCUCCAAAGUAUGGGAGUACUUUAGAAGAAGUAAAGAAUCGAAAGAUGAAAGUGAGUGCAAUUUAUGAAAAAACUUAUCAAAUGUGCAGGGGGAUCGACAUCCUCCAGGGCUGCUCAUGUCGAGAAGGUACACUGCUUAAAGUUGUGUGAUGAUAAAGACUCAAAAGUUGCAAGAGUUGAGGGUGCGUGUAGUAUUGAUAAAUAUCUACUGAAAAAAUCAAUGACCGAAGAAGUCUCAAAGUUAGCAGCUGUGGACGGCUUCUCCUUGAAUGCAAUUGCUAAUUCUGAAUUUAUUCAGAGAAAUCUUCGGGCUCAAAAAGAUCAUUACGACAAACCUCCCCCCUCAUGUGGAAACACUGUUAAGGCUAUGCUGUAUUCAUUCUUUCAAACCAAAAGAAAUGAACUCACGAAAUAUUUCAAUAACAAAACACAAAACGGUCGUAGGUAUUCCAUCACGCUGGAUGAGUACACCGCAAUUCAAAACAAGCAUUUUAUGAAUAUUAACGUUCAUUCCAAGGACGAACAUUGUUCCUUAGGAUUAGUCCAGAUAGACGGAUCCCUUGACGCUAACAAAGGCGCCCAGACUGUUGGGAAACAUUUGUCAGACUUUGGACUCGACGUCCAGAAGGACAUCGUGGGCUGCACCACGGACGGUGCAGCUGUCAUGGUCAAGUUUGGACGUGAGGUUACCCCCGACCAUCAACAACGCAUUGCCCAUUGUAUGCACCUUGCUGUUUGCGAUGUUUUGUACAAAGUAAAUAAACACGAACCCAUACUUCUACAACUCAAUGUCCCCGAGUCUGAUAGCCCUGAUUCCAAAUCUGAGGGGAAUGCUGAUGAGGAGUCUGAGGGGCAGGGGGAUUCAGAAGUUGUAGAGAUGUACAUGCCGUUGGUAUCUGAGUACAGAGCAACCAUUGACAAGGUCAGAAAAAUAUGUCCCAUCUUAUGAAAAUCGCCAUUGAAAAAUGAUAAGUUACAAGACUUUGUCAAAGCAAAAUUUCAGAAAGAAUUAAAGCUGUUACUUGACUGUAGAACCCGAUGGUAUAGC